AUGGACUAUUUGAGGGAAAUAGAGAGUAAAAGAGCUCAUGAUCCACGUGGUUUUGGGCAUGAUAAGAAGAAGAUCACGUGCGUUUGCGUGCCGGGGCCGAUUAUUGUCGGCGCCGGGCCGUCGGGGCUGGCCGUGGCGGCGUGUUUGAAGGAGAAAGGGGUCCCGUCGGUGGUGUUUGAGAGAUCGGAAUGUAUAGCCUCGCUGUGGCAGCUGAAAACCUACGAUCGUCUCCGUCUUCAUCUCCCCAAAUCAUUCUGCGAGCUGCCAUUGAUGCCGUUCCCCGAUACCUUCCCCACCUACCCCUCCAAGCAGCUUUUCAUUCAAUACUUGGAGGACUAUGCCGAGAAGUUCGAUAUCCGGCCGGUUUUUAACCGGGCGGUGGUUUCGGCGGAGUAUGAUGGCGUUCUGGGGCUGUGGCGGUUGAGGACGAAGGGGACAGAGGAGGAGAAGGAGGAGGAGGAAGCGGAGUAUGUUUGCCGGUGGCUGAUUGUCGCCACUGGGGAGAAUGCGGAGGCCGUGGCGCCCCGGAUCGAGGGCGCCGAGGAGUUCUUCGGCCAGAUUAUCCACACCAGCUCGUAUAAGAGCGGCGAAGGGUUCGCCGGGAAGAAGGUGUUGGUGAUCGGAUGUGGGAAUUCGGGGAUGGAGGUUUGUUUGGAUCUCUGCAACCAUAAUGCCUUCCCUUCCCUUGUGGUUAGAGACAAAGUGCAUGUCUUGCCACAAGACAUAUUGGGAAAAUCAACUUUUGGGCUGGCCAUGCUUCUGCUCAAGUGGUUCCCAAUGCGCCUCGUCGACGGCUUUCUGCUGGCCGUCUCCCGCCUCCUCCUCGGCGACACGGCGCAGUUCGGCCUCCGCCGCCCCAAGGUGGGACCGCUGGAGCUCAAGAACUUCGCCGGCAAGUCCCCAGUCCUAGACAUGGGAACUCUUUCCAAAAUCAAAAGUGGAGACGUCAAGAUAUGUCCUGGCAUUAAGAGAAUAAAGCGUUACACGGUGGAAUUUGAGAAUGGAAAAGAGGAAAACUUUGAUGCAAUAGUCCUUGCAACAGGUUACAAAAGCAAUGUGUCAUCAUGGCUAAAGGAAAAUGAAAUGUUUUCGGAGAAAGAUGGGCUACCAAAGAAGCCUUUUCCCAAUGGAUGGAAAGGGGAGUAUGGGCUAUAUGCUGCGGGGUUUACCAGACGUGGAUUGUUUGGUGCUUCCAUGGAUGCCAAGAGGAUUGCAGAGGACAUUGAAAGGUGUUGGGUAGGUGCAGAACGUUAGUCCUCGACCAGGAAAAAUUACAGUUUUGAUCUCAAAAAAAAAUGUCUGACAAUUUUAAUUUCUUCCCAUCAGAAAAGAAAAUAAAGAAUGUCCCGAAAAUUCUUUGGUCAUCGUUGUCAUUCAAGAAACCUUCGAGGCAUGAAAAAAAAAAACAAGAAGAAAAUUCGUUAUAUUUUUUUAGUA